UGCGGGGAGGAGGGGGAGGAGGAGCGGGAGGAGGGACGAGCUGGUAGGGAGAAGAGGAAAAAAAGUUUUGAGACUUUUCCGCUGCCGCUGGGAUCCGGAGGCGCGGGGACCGUUUGGCUCGGCGCUGCCCGGCGAGGAGGCAGGACUUGGUGACCGCAAACUGCUCCCCCACCGCCUCCGACGCUUGCUCCCUCCGUGCCUACACGUCGUCCCUCAGGCGCCCCUAUUCCGGACCAGCCCUCGGGAACCACAAACCCGACUCCCGCGAAGACUUGACCCCGAGACCUCGGACGCACGCCCCCCUCCUGAGCCUCCGCGCAUCCAAGGACACUUCUCCGGGGUCUGGGAGACGGGAUCUCUCUCAGACCUGCCUCAGCACCCCUAAUCAAGACCACCCACCUCUGGUACCAGAUCGCGCCCAUCUCGGGUUUUUCCGUGGGAUACCGAGAAACGACCCACCAGAGCUUCCCCUCCGUUCUCCGUGAGGGCCUGAACUUCCCCCUUCCCGCAGGGCCUCCUACCUUUCCACGGGAGAAGCCCCCCCGCCCCCAGCCCCUGUAGGGGUGGGGCCUCCCUCUUCCCAUCCCAGCCCCGCUUGCGCUCUCGGCAGUGCCGGGGGGCGCCGCCUCCCCCAUGCCGCCCUCCGGGCUGCGGCUGCUGCCGCUGCUGCUGCCGCUGCUGUGGCUACUAGUGCUGACGCCCGGCCGGCCGGCCGCCGGACUAUCCACCUGCAAGACCAUCGACAUGGAGCUGGUGAAGCGGAAGCGCAUCGAAGCCAUCCGCGGCCAAAUCCUGUCCAAGCUGCGGCUCGCCAGCCCCCCGAGCCAGGGGGAUGUGCCGUCCGGCCCGCUGCCCGAAGCCGUGCUGGCCCUUUACAACAGUACCCGCGACCGGGUGGCGGGAGAGAGCGCCGAGCCGGAGCCGGAGCCGGAGGCGGACUACUACGCCAAGGAGGUCACCCGCGUGUUAACGGUGGAAAAUAGCCACAAAAUCUAUGAGACAUUCAAGCAUAAUGAACACAGCAUAUACAUGUUUUUCAACACAUCGGAGCUCCAGGAAGCAGUGUCCAAACCCGAGUUGCUCUCCCGGGCAGAGCUGCGUAUGCAGAGGCACAAAUUGAAAAAGGAGCAGCACGUGGAGCUGUAUCAGAAAUCCAACAACAGUUCCUGGCGCUACCUCAGCAACCAGCUGCUGGCCCCCAGCGACACGCCUGAGUGGCUAUCCUUUGAGGUCACUGGAAUCGUUCGGCAGUGGCUAAGCCACAGAGGGGAAAUGGUGGGCUUUCGCCUCAGUGCCCAUUGUUCCUGUGAAAGCAAAGAGAACAAGCUCGAGGUGGAAAUCAACGGAAUCAGUAUUGGCCGCCGGGGUGACCUGGCCACCAUCCAUAGCAUAAACCGGCCCUUCCUGCUCCUCAUGGCCACCCCACUGGACAGAGCCCUGCAGCUGCAGAGCUCCCGGCACCGCCGAGCCCUGGACACCAACUACUGCUUCAGCUCCACGGAGAAGAACUGCUGCGUGCGGCAGCUCUACAUCGACUUCCGCAAGGACCUGGGCUGGAAGUGGAUCCACGAGCCCAAGGGUUACCACGCCAACUUCUGCCUGGGGCCCUGCCCCUACAUUUGGAGCCUGGACACGCAAUACAGCAAGGUCCUGGCCCUGUACAACCAGCACAACCCCGGCGCAUCGGCGGCGCCGUGCUGCGUGCCGCAGGCUUUGGAGCCUCUGCCCAUUGUGUACUACGUGGGCCGCAAGGCCAAGGUGGAGCAGCUGUCCAACAUGAUCGUGCGCUCCUGCAAGUGCAGCUGAGACCCCGCCUCGCGCCGGCAGGCCCCGCCCUCCGGCAGGCCCGGCCCCGCCCCCCGCCCGCCUUGCCGGGCUGUAUUUAAGGACACCGGCCCCUCCCCCCCAGCCCACCCCGGGGCCUAUUAAAGGUGGAGAGAGGA